AGUUUAACUUUCUUACUCGUAGAUAAAACAGUGUUGCUCUGUCAUGUUGUUCUUUGUUGAUUCCAAUCAUAUUCAUUUGCUGCCGAAAAUCAUUAUUGUUGUCACUUGCUUCUGAAACACGUCUUGAAUAAAUAGAGAGAAAAAAAAUAUCCGUGCACGAUGUCAGGAGAUAUUAACCAGUUUGUAAAUUUUUCGCCGAAUGAUUACAUUGAGAAUGCUGAUUUGAUUAGGGAUGCAAAUCAAGCGAAUGAUCGGAAAAUGCGUCAAUUGUUUGCGGAUUUAUUGGCGAAAACGGAAGAAAUUAACAAUCGUUUGCUGGUGUCCGAAGCAAAGGUCGAUUCGUUGAAAACGGUGGUGGCCAAACAAAUUCACGAAAUAAAUUGGUUGCACCGCAAACUGAACGAUGUGUCGAGGAAGUGUCACAUGGCUGAGUUGAUGGCACAAGUGAACGCGAACAAGUACAAUCGUUUGCACGGCAAAUUGAAGGGGAUUAUCUUGGAAUCAGCGUGCGAAUCAGGUGCCGAUGGCGAAGGAGCCGUGUAAUACACAAAUUGAAUUGUGGGUUAGAAUUAAGAAGAACAAGACGAAGAAGAAAAAGUGAGAGAAGAAACAGUGAACAAAGUUACUUAUUGCAUUGACAUUUGUUUAGUAUUGGUGCGCACACAGCAAUCGAUUGUUUAUCUGAAAUGAAGUGAAAACACAGCCAAACUCCGUUAUUGCUUACGCGCAGAUAUUUAUUCAAUACACACAUAAUAUUUAUACACUUUACCGAUGAAAUAUUUUGCACUUGUGUUAGUGUAAAUGACUGACAUUUGCACACGACUCAAAUCAAACGCGCAGAUUCAGCUCGAUGUGUGUAUCCGAGAGAUGGAAAAAUAGAAUUUAGAAAGUAAAAAACAAAAAUUAACAAAAAGUGUUCUCUUUGUAUUGUUGAAGUAGUUUUUUGCCAUUAAAAACAUUCUUUUCAUAUUUGAAUACCGUUUGAAAUUGUAUAAGAAAAUGGCAUCAGCGAACAAUUCGCAAUCGUUUACAAUAUAUGAGUGCCAUUAUUGCAACGCCAUCCCAAAUGAACAUCAAAUCAAUCGAUGCUCUCGUGGUCAUAUCGUUUGUUUGAAAUGCGACGCAAAAUAUGGACGAUGCAAGUGUAUGUCGGAAACUUUGGUAAAAGUACCAAAUCCGCUCUUGAAAAUCGUCGAAUCAACCAAAAAGGGAUGCCAGUAUAAAGACGAUGGGUGCACUUGGAUUAUUUCGGAACGAGCUGACACAGAUGAUCAUCAUGCUGAAUGCAAAUUUCGACCAAGUCGAUGCAUUGGUGCUCAGUUAGGUGUUUGGAUUUGCGAUUGGACAGGUCUCCAAGUUGAGUUUCCCAGCCACAUGAAAGAGCAUCAUUCGACUAACGGUGAAUUUUUCCUCCAUCGUCAAAUUGGUUCCGUUAACUAUGAUCCAGCCAAUAAUUGCACGAAAUUCAAUUUAAUCGAUGCGUUCAACAAAAAGUUUGUCUUUUUGUACAUGAGCCAUGCAAAAAGUUCGGAUGUGGUGUUCAUCAUUUAUCUGCUGGGCCGAAAAAUUGAUGCACAAAAGUUUAUGAUCGAUUUUGAGCUGAAGGAUGAUGAAUUGCGCAAAGUGAAAUUCAUCGAGAUGUGUUUCAGUGAUGCCGACAAUAUUGCCACUAUCAUCAGGGAUCAUCGAUGCUUCGUUUUGUCAAAAAGGUUGGUCGAGUCGUUUGUGAAAAAUGGCAACUUGGAAUUUCGGUUUGUGAUCAAGAAAAAGGAUGGCAUCGUAUUGGAAAAUAUCGAAAAGCAACAGCAUUUGUUGAAUGUAUUGUGCGGUGAAGCUGGUGGACCAACACCACAACUUGCUCCGAAAAUGCAAAUGAAGGCCUAUCAAAGUGAAUCCAAUCUCUAUUUGUCGGCUGGACGGAGCAAUGGAGCUGCAAACAACAAACCAAGAUACCAUCGUAAUACGAAGAAAUGAACAUAUUCGUGUUAAAUUUAGCUUAUCAACACGUGGUUUUUGUCUUUGCACUUAUUUUCUAUGUUGUUAUUGUGCCUUGUGCGCGAACCCUAUUCAUUCGUGUCUAUGGGAAUUUCAUUUAUUCAAAGAAAUUACAUCGAACGAUGCGAAGUCAAUUCGAAAUUGGAUUAGAUUUAAGUACCGCUAUGCCCUUUAUUAUGAAACAUUUCUUCGAAACCAUUUUGAAGGUCCAAAUAUUCUCAUUAAUUAAAAAUUAAUUCAGAUUGAUUUGUGUUGUAUCACAAAACUUGAAAUAAACAUCGACAAAUCAUAAAACA